GCUAGGGGGGUUGGCCCUGAAGGAUGUUCUCACAGGAUGCUGGAACAAGCAGUCCAAGGCAAGCGGCGUGAGGAGGAACAAGGGAAAAGAGUCAGCUGAGAGGAGCAUUGGCGAUUCCAGUGGUCGCGCGGUCGCUGUCGACCUGGUUUUGAGGUGUCGUAAGGCGGGCUCGCGCGCACGCGCGGCUGAGGAUGUGAUAUCGAUGUGGUCAGGACACGCAGCAAAGACUGGUCGUCUGCUGGGAGUCAGCAACAUGGCUGCCUUCCCGCUGCUCUUUCCGCUUCUGGCCGGCUGCGUGGCGGCGGCGGUCCACCCUUCCCGCCACCGUCCUUCGUGCCGCAUCGUGGGCACGAGCGUGGUCUGCAGUGAUUUGAGCCUCACCAGUGCCCCCGCCAACCUCCCGUCAGGUGUCCAAGUGCUGGACCUCUCACAGAACCAGCUGCAGAAUCUCAGCCGUGACACUCUGGCUGACCACAUGGGCCUCCGUCACCUGGACUUGCACUCCAACAAGAUCCACUUCAUUCAGCCGGGACUUUUUGAAACCAUGAAUGACCUUAAAGUCCUGGAUCUGUCCGGGAAUCGUCUCAACGUGUUUGCUCUGGCUAAAAUUAAAAUCGGAACGCUUUCAGCCGUGGAGUCUCUGGAUCUGUCCAGCAAUGGCUUAUACACCGGGAUGUCUGACAUUUUUCUCAAUGAUUCUCCUUCGCUCGUGGAGCUGUCACUGAGCGGCAACAGCAUCACCAAGAUUGCGCAAAACACUUUCAACGGCGCGUUGUCCCUGAGGAAGAUCAGCCUCCACGACAACAUCAUUUUGGAGAUCGAAGACGGCGCCUUCGACUCUCUUGAUGGCUUGAGCGAACUGGACUUGUCCAAGAACUCCAUCGCUUGCAUCACCGACUUCAAUCUCAGUCGUCUGAGAGCAUUGAACCUCAGCAGGAACAGCCUGGAGCUCUUCCAGAGCACCAGAUCGGCUGAGCCGUACCACCUCGCCUUUCUGGAUCUGAGUGAAAACAAAUUGCCUUACUUCCCGCUGCUGCCUACGAACAACGCUAUCCGGCAUCUGGACCUGUCGCGCAACCGCCUGCAGAGUGUCGACGUGAUGGACAUGGCUGACACAAAGAUGUCAGAGACAGUUUUGAAGCACCUGAGACACUUAGACUUAAGUUUCAACCAGCUCACAGGCUUGCCACAGUCCUUCUUUAACACUAUGAUGUUACUGGAGGUCCUGAAUGUGAGCAACAACUGUAUUGUCUCGUUUUCUGUCACUGACAAAGACCUCCUUCCCACAGUGAAGAUUGUCAACUUCAGCUAUAACUCCUUACAGAGACUUUCCCUCAGGGAAGGCACUCUGCAGGCGUUGGAGGAGCUCUUCCUACAAGGGAACGACCUUAGCACCCUGGCACAUCAAACCUUCCAGAGACUUCCUAGUCUGAACCUUCUGCAGCUCCAGGUGAACAAUUUACGAGUGUGCCCCUCGGAGACAAAACCAGACCAAAAUCCUUCAGGUUGUGUCUCGUUCUCUUCUGUUCCAAAACUGAAGUUCCUUUACCUUUCUCAGAACAAUUUGAAGAUUUUGCCAUACAGGGCAUUCGCCAACACCCCUCUCAGCCUGCUGGACUUGUCCCUCAACCCCGGCUUGGAGAUGCACCAAGACUCCCUGGUCGGUCUAGAGCACUCCCUGGUCCAGCUCUUCCUGAGGGAGAAUAACAUCUCCAUGCUGAACAGGGACAUGUCGUCACUGAGGAGCCUGAAACUUGUCGACCUGUCCACCAACCACCUGACCAGCCUUCCUGCAUGGAACCGAGAGUCGUCCAUCGAGACCCUCAACUUGCAGAACAACAGCCUGGUCACACUGGAGCAUACCACCAUGGCAGCGCUAGAACGCUCGCUGAAGACACUCUAUGUGGGCGACAAUCCACUCAGCUGCUGCGGAAACCUGGACUUAGUGCGCCUGCUGCAGCACUCAGAUGUGGUGGUGCCCGACAUUGAGGCGGCGACAUGCAUUCUCCGUGAGGGCUUGGAACCAGUCAACAUCGAGAAGGUGACUUGGGAAAUGUGUCAAGGGCGAAAGAAAGCCAACUACAUCGUAGUCAUCGUCGUGAUUGUGUUCUUGGCAGUGAUCGCCUUGGGACUGCUGGUGAAAUACUGCAAGUCAAGGAAGCGGAAGCGCAUCCAAACAUUUAGUGUAUGAAAGAUAAUUCACUUUGACUAAAGCGGUGUACACACACAGCGAUUCUUAAGAUCUUAACCGAAUUUUAAAAUGCGAGAGACGGCGUUCACCACACACAUAGGGAUUUGUGAUUGUAAAUAUUUUUAAACAUUUACGAUCGUGUCAAGUUAAUAUUUUAGAGACAUCCAAUAAUCAGGAUUUAGCUUACAUUGAUCGGAAAUGGAUGAAACAUUUUUAAAUUGUGUGUGCCCCACUUAAAUUAUGGUGGAAAACAAUUUAGAAGGUAUGUAUUUUUAAAAGUCCAGAAUACUUUCAAUCUUGUGUCAGCAUCUACUGGUCAUUUGAGUUUAUGUUUUUUCUUACAAACCUAACAUAGCACAAAGACUGAAAUUGAAGGAUUGCUAAGGAAUAGAAGCGUGCAACGCAAUUUAGAGCAUGAAGGAUAAUUUAUUUGGCAUUCAAACUCAAACUUUGACUAUAACGGGGUACACUCACAUUAAUUUUGAAAUGCGAGAGACUUCAAAACAGCCAAACUUAGUGUCGACCACACACAAGGAUUUGUGGUCAUAAAUAUUAAACAGGUUUAAAAUUUACAAUUGACAGCCCCAACUGUCUUCCGAGUAGAUCCGGGAGAGAAAAUCAAUCUUAACACUCCCACACCACAGGAUAAUCCCUCAAGACAACCUUUCAGAGUCAUCCAAUAAUCAAGCCUUUGCCGACUUUGAUCAGAAGGGAAGAAAAAUCAUUCUUAACACACCACAGAAUAAUCAGUUAGGAUAACCUGUUAGAGACAUCUGAUAAUCAGUCCUUUGAUGACUGUAAUUGGAAUGGGGCAAAUUGCUCCAAUUCGGACCGAUUAUCAGUACGUGUGUAACCCGCAUAAUAGAUUUUGACGGAAAAUUUUACUUUUAACAGUCCAGAAUACGUACAUUUUUUGCCAACAUCUAGCGGUUACUUGAGCGUUUUUGAACUAUAUUGAAUCCAAAUAUGAAAUCAGUUUUAUGGUUUCCAUUUUAAUGGCGACUCAGAAAUGUUCGCUUUCUUUUUGACUUAGCAUAAAGAAUGGAAUUGAAAGAGUCCCUUGCCCGGCGUUGUUCAAAACAAAUGAAAAAGAGUCAUCAAAUUGAACACUUGGAGAAAACGAACGCCUGAGUGGACGUUUCGAACUAGCGGUUAGCUAGUCUGGACUCAAGCUUGAAAACAAAGCUGAAAACAAAGUUAACAACACUACAAAAUAUCAUGAAAGAAAAAUGAGUGGAUGAAGUAUGAUGCCAUAAUCGGACUCCGGCAACCCAUCCUCUUAAGACUCUUUAAGUAGUUUUGCACUUUACGCUUCCUCUUAUUUUUUGUGUUAUCUGUGAACACUAAUGACAAAUUAAAAAAAAAAGUUGUAUAAUUUAUUUUUUAUAAAAGUAAAGAUGGAGAUUUUAAUAUACUACUACUGGACUGAGCACUCGCAAUAGCCCAAUAACUGUGACACUGUUUUACAAUGAUGGAACACUUUUGUACCAAAGAUUAUGAUGAUGAAAAUAAAAGAUAUUAAUGUAUACACUGACAAUAUGUGAUUAAACGUAAACGUGCACACUUUA